ACCUCAGGCGGGGGCGGACCAGGUUCCUCCGGCUCUUCUGGCAUGGGCGGCGAGCCACGCGGUGCCCAUCUCUCUCGCGACGGAGACGGAAGUCUCGGGGAUAAUGGGGGCGGAGACGACGAGGAUAGCGAGGGCGACGACCGUCAACUUGGACCCAUGCCGCUAACGGUGGAUGAUGGUAAGAAGAAGAAGAGAAGAAGACCCAAGAAAAAGAAGGCCAAGAAGGCUCCUCCGACCGAGCAGUCAUCGCCACCGAGAGUGCCCCUGAGCGACUUGUUUCCUUCUGGGAACUACCCGCCUGGCGAAUUCCUCGACUACCCUGAUGGGGCUAGGGAGACGAACACAGCUCGCACCACUGCUGCAGAGAUGCGGUACCUUGGUCGCCAUCAUCUCGAGGAUCCGGCUUUUCUCGAUGAUUAUCGUAAGGCGGCAGAGGUCCAUCGCCAGGUUCGACACUGGGUUAAGGACUCGGUCAAACCUGGACAGACUCUCCUCCAGAUUGCCACGGGCAUUGAGGAUAGUGUGCGGGCGCUCCUUGGUAAUCAAGCGAUUGAGCCCGGCGACGGCCUCAAGUCUGGGAUGGGUUUUCCAACUGGUCUCUCACUAAAUCACCAGGUCGCUCACUACACGCCAAAUCCAGGCCAGAAGGACGUUGUGCUCAAACAUGAGGACGUGAUGAAGGUAGAUUACGGCGUCCAGAUCAACGGUUGGAUUGUCGACAGUGCGUUCACUAUGUCCUUUGAUCCUAUGUACGACAAUCUUCUUGCCGGGGUCAAGGAUGCCACUGAGAGUGGCAUCCGGGCCGCUGGGAUUGACGUUCGUAUCUGCGAUGUGAGUUCCGCAAUCCAGGAAACCAUGGAGAGCUACGAAGUCGAGAUCAAUGGUAAAGUCUACCCGGUCAAGCCUGUGCGUAGCCUUUGUGCACAUGACAUUAAGCGAUAUCUCAUCCAUGGGGGCAAAUCCAUCCCCUUCACCAAGAAUAAUGACCAGACCAAAAUGGAAGAAGGAGAAAUAUUUGCCAUCGAGACUUUCGGGUCGACUGGCCGUGGCAGAACACACGACGAUGACGGUGUCUACGGAUACGGGCUCAAUCCAGACGCACCAGAACGCGUGGCAUUGCCAUUUGAGACUGCAACCCGCCUUCACAAGGUAAUCAGGGAGCAUUUUGGAACUAUUGUUUUCUGCCGCCGAUACCUCGAUCGGAUUGGCUUGGAUCGGUAUCUGGCUGGUCUGAACUGCCUCGUUUCCAACGGUGUGCUUGACAUGCACGUACCCCUUGCGGAUAUCAAGGGCUCCUAUUCCGCACAGUUUGAACAUACCAUUUUGCUUCGAGAGUCCAACAAGGAAAUCUUAAGUCGAGGAAGUGACUAUUAA